GGUCACGGAAGCCACGCGUUGUUUGAGGUCAUCUCGUGCAGCGCCUGAGGCAACCGCGCCUCCUUAGACCCGGCUACUCCUGAGGCGAGCGUGUGCGGGUCCAUCCUGCCGUGACAAGGGCGACCAUCUGCCCACAACCGGGAUAGAUGGAACCGGCGACAUGAGUUCCUCUGAUGAGGUGUCUGUUUCGGAGGCCGCUUUCGGCCUGGAGGGCGGGGAGCGGGCCAGCGUCCCCCGGGGAGGCCUCAGAGGCCCGCGGGGCCCCGGCCUAGGCCUCAAUGUGGGGACGCCGCGGAGCCUCAAGGGUGGGGGCGGGCUGGCAGACCCCAAGGGCUUCGAGGCUGAGCAGCAAGUGAUAGAGGAGGGAAGGACCGUGCUUUGGGGCCGGGAAGGCCGCCCCUGCACCCCGACUGACGAGAUGGGGGACGAUCUAGACUACGAGUCCCUCCUGGCUGACAAAUCGAUGGCCAUCGUGCAGCCGAUGAGCGACUGGGCUUUCCGGGGCGUCCGUAGCCACCCGUGCUCAGAGGGCCGCGACGCCCAAGUGUCCACCGUGUGGCCGGACCUGGGGGCAGGUCUGAGUGGUCGAGGCGCCCUGGCCGCCUCUGCCGCCCCUCCCCCCGUCAUGGCGCCCCGGAAAGUCCGGGCCCGCGGGAACCAGAAAAGAGGCGCUAAAAGUAAGCAGAGCGCGGGCGGCAGGGUUCCCCAGCGGCCCUCCGUGGUAGGCCUGGUCGAGCUGCCUUCCGACCCCGAGUCACAAAGUGAGAUCAGUGAGGUGCCGAUGAGGGUGAGCAUUUACCCCAAAGGAGGAGACCCGGGCGAGCCCAGCAGCGCCGAGGAUCCCGGGGACACACCCAGACACUCGAGUUUGCUUGUCAGGGAGGACUUCCUUCCCACGCCAGGCUUUCUCUUGACCUCUGCUUCCCGAGCACUCACUUCAGGCAAGGGAAGGCAGGCCGUUGGAGAACUGGGCAGCUCAUCCUCAAAGAAAAUGCAGAGUGUGGUGUCGGGGAAGGCAGGCAGCGGGCCCAGCUUCCCAGGAGCCGCUGCUGCUGCUGCUGCUGCUGUGGGCAGCCUGCCCCGGGCCAUUCCUAAGAAGAAGGUGGCCCAGGAGAAGAAGUUCCUAGGGGCCGCCUCAAACAUGGCCCUGGGGAGAGUAUUUCCUCCAUGGGGGCAGAGACUGUCAGCAGUUCCCCUGGAACCAGCCACCUUCCCCCCAAUCGCUGGUGUUCCCCUGCUUGGGAGGUCCAAGAGCUACUCGUUGCUGUCCUUGGCACCCAAACACUCCAAGAACAGCAGCACUGGGAAGAAAUCUGGGGCGAGGAAGGCAAAGGAUUCCCAACCUGUGUCCAGAGAUGAUAGUGACGCCAAUAGAGAUCCAGGCCCAAAGGCCCAACUUCCAACGCCCAGGCCAGGGCCACCUUGCCUGCACAUGCAUCGUGGAGAAUUCGGCAGUGGCGACCCCAACACCAGAGCCCGGCAAGUUUCAGGAAGCUUACAGACCUCCGCCUUGAGCCAGGGAGGCAUCUCGCCCAGAGGCCAUGCACCCUGUAAUGAGUCUGGUGACCAGAAGCCACCUGUCCAUGUCCGAAGACCAGAAAGGCAGCAGCAACCACCGGGAGUGCAGGCCUGUCCUCGGUGUACCGAGCUGCAGAGAGAGAGAGACGACCUUAAACAGCAACUAGCGGCCAUGCAGUGCCUCGCUAACAAGUUCCAGGCCCUUUCAAGUUGAACCCAGCCUCUUCCUACAAGACAAGCAGCUGGUGCCUUUGGAGCCUAGGAGCUGCGGCCAAGCUGGUUACUGCUGUUUAUUCGUUACCCACGGCUUCCUCUCAUCACCUGCUCUUGUCCUCUUCUGACCCCAGUUUAUAGCAAACUAUCCAAUUAAAGUAGCUCUCAUAUUCUCA